AUGGCUAAUGGCUGUGACGAUGGCGGAAGCGGCAGCGACACGGUCUCACACCCAAUCCCCCUCCACGGCCUUCCUCUCCCUCAUUAUUCGCCUCCUUUUCUCCGCCACCAACCCCAACAAGGUCGGUAUUCGGUACGGCCAGUCCAGCAUCAAUGUCCGUAUUGCGGCACCCCCUUGGCAAAGCCACUAUCCCUGGCUUCUUCCAAUAACCCCACAACACUUGCCAGGUCAUCGCCGUUUGAUCGAAUCAAUCUCCUCCAGGCAGACGCCGCCGACUUGAUCCGUGAUGCCUCCCUCAACGACUGCGUCGACCUCUGCGUCUUGGGCAACGUCGCCUUCAAGAUCUGCAUCAUGAACUUCGAUUCCCUGACGUUCAGCGCGGAGAUUAGUAGUUCUAUACCAUUCCAAAAGGAUCAAACAGAUGAUGGCACUAGAACAUGGCAACACACUCGUAAUGUGACUUUCAUUGCUGUUAUUGAUUCCACUAGCCUUGCAAUUAAAGCCAUGGAAGCUGCCAAAAGACCAGGUGUGAUUAUCAACUUGUCAUAUACUCGCUUUGAUCAGGAAUCAACUUCUGAUUAG